AUGAUUAUUCAUGGUGUUAAAAAAUCUCCGAGUAUGGAUAUUAACGAGUGUAUCAAUUUCGAUACUGAGGGUGUAAACAAGCUAUUGUUAUUAUGCUCCGCAAGUCCUGAUAACAUAGUUAAUAGUACUCGUCUUGGACGUCUAAUUGCUGAUGAGUUCAGACCGAUAAAACUGACUUUGCGCAACUAUUGCGACAUCUAUCGUUUUAUUACAUCGUUUUUGACAACUAAGCGAAAGUCCCCCUCAUCUGUAAUAAUCAUUUCCGUUGUCAAAGAUCGCACCCAAACAGACGUCACCACAUUAAGGAUGUAUACACUAAUUACCAUAAUCGAGUAA